GCAUAUGGGCGCGCGCGUGUGGCUCGGAGCGAAGAACAAGCAACCAGCUUGCAAGCGAGCAAACGAACGAACGAGCGAGGAGUAGCAGCAGCCGCCCCGUAGCAGAAGCGAGCGCCGAGGGGGAGGAAGAAGCAACGCGGUUCCUACAUUUUGCAAGCGACAAAUCCGCCUCCUUUUCUCCGAAAGCGCCGCUCGGCAGCUCGAGGCUCUGCAGCCGGAACCGGCAUCAACUAGCAACAGGGUGCAGCAAAUCUUUCUAUGGGGUGCUGAAAGUGUGUAAGAUUUGAAUGGAAAAAACAUGAAGAGUUUGAAAGCCAAGUUCAGGAAGAGUGAUACACAUGAGUGGAAUAAGAAUGAUGACCGACUCCUUCAAGCGGUGGAGAAUGCAGAUCUGGAGAAAGUGGCUUCCCUUUUAGGCAAAAAGGGAGCCAACGCAACUAAGCAUGACAGUGAGGGCAAGACUGCCUUCCAUCUUGCUGCCUCUAAAGGAUAUAGUGAAUGUCUCAGGCUUAUGAUUACACAUGGUGCAGAGGUUACAAUUCUGGAUGGAACAGGGCACAAUGCUUUGCAUCUUGCGGCUAAGAAUAACCAUGUUGACUGCGUCAAGAGACUUCUUCAGUCCAAAUGUCCAGCAGAGAACACAGAUAGCUCGGGAAAAACCGCUUUACACUAUGCAGCUGCCUAUGGCUGCCUUCAAAUAACUCAGCACCUGUGUGAACACAAGUGUCCAAUUAACAUCAAAGAUGCGGAUGGAAAUACGCCUUUCUUCCUGACAGUACAAAACGGCCACGCUGAAGUAUGCAAAUACCUUCUAGACCAUGGGGCAGACGUCAACUCCCGGGACAAAAAUGGAAGAACUGCUUUGAUGCUGGCCUGUGAAGCUGGAAACCUGAGCAUUGCUGAAAUCCUAAUCCGAAAAGGGGCAGAAAUAAAUUUGGCAGACGCACUUGGACACAAUGCUCUACAUUACGCCAUGCUUUCUGAAAAUACAGGAAUUCAGAGUCUCCUUCAAUCCAAAAUGGUUCAAGAUGCUGAUGCCAAGUCACCAAUCAAGUCAAAGCAGCAUGAUCAAGUCUCUAAAUUAAGUUCAGAAAGAAGUGGAACUCCAAAAAAACGCAAAGCCCCUCCACCUCCUCCCAUCAGCCCUAUCCAGCUUGCUGACCGUUCUUCAUCACAGGCAACAACUUCAGCCCCAGCAUCUGGGAAAAGCCAGCUCUUCGCCCAACGAGGAUCCAAGGAAGACACCAAUGCUAUUCACUCUGAUUACAAAGAUGGGUUAAGUGAGAGCACUGCAGGUGCUAAUAGUCUAUUGGAUAUGAGUUCAGAAACAGAACAGCAAGAUUUGCUCUUGAUGUUGCAAGGAAAAGUUGCUUCUUUAACAUUACAAAAUAAGAAAUUGCAAGAAAAACUUCAGGCAAGAACCUUCAAAACAGAAGAUACAGACACUACAAUGGAGUCUUCUUGUUCCACCCAUGCAGAAUUUGGUGCUUUGUCGAAUAGGCUGAGUGAAAGCUCAACAUCAGCAGCCGAGGAGAUAAGCACGCCUUCUCUGAUUCUGGCACAGGCUCGGGAAGAGACAAGCCUUAAUGAAUUAAAAAUUAAACAGUUACAAGAAAGCUUAGAAGAAGUACAGAAGAGACUAGAUAGUUCAGAAGCAAAGAGGUUGCACUUGGAGUCUCAGCUUCAGUCUAGUGUGCUGGAGGAGGGUCCUUUGUUAAACAGCUCAGAAAUUUCAGAGAAUGGCACUGACCUCAGUCAGAAACUCAAAGAAACUCAACUCAGAUGUGAAGAAGCAAUGAAGGAAAUGCUGCAUGUCCAGAGACAAAUGCAACUGGACGUGGUAACUUCAGAAAGUAAAGAGCCUGACCUGCAUGAGGUCAAAACAACCUGUGAAGAAGUUGAGCUGCUGAAGGAGAAGCUGAAGAAAGCUCAAGAAGAUGAUGAAAUGCUGAAAGUGAAGGUGAAGGAACUAGAAAUAAAGCUGGAAGAAAGGGAGAGAAAUGCUGCUGGUAUAAUGUCUGUGGAGGAGUGUGAGGCGAUGAAAAAGUCUUAUUGUUCAGUUAUUGAAAAUAUCAACCAGGAGAAGAUGUUGCUAAUUGAGAAAUAUAAGGAAGGACAGGAAAAAAUCAAAAAGCUUCAAGACAGACUGAAGGCUCAGAUGGAAUUAGGUCAGAGCGAUGAAGCUCAAGAGGUGAAGGAUGCAAAGAACCAAGUAAUAAAUGAACUCAACAGGCAGGUUAGUGAACUUUCUCAAAUGUACAAAGAAGCCCAGGCAGAACUUGAAGAUUGCAAGAAGAAAAGCACUUCAGAAGAUCUGACUUCAGGAUAUAUACCUCUGGAGGAAUACGAAAAGCUAAUGGAAGCCACCGCCUCACAAAGAGAGGAAGCUGAACAUGCUUUGUUGGAAAUGAAGACACAGUACACAAACGUGUUAAGUGAAAUGACACAACUCCAAAACUUGGUUGACUCUCAAAAGAAGAAUUCUGUCUCCAUCACAGAACAUCUUCAAGUAGUGACUGCUCUCCAGACCUCAAUGAAGGAAGUGGAAGAAGAAAUAAAUGCGCUCAAAGAGCAGAUUGUCCACAAAGAGAGAGAAGUGCAGCGUCUGCAGAAGGAGUUGUUAGAAGAAGAAGCUGCAGUGUGUGAAGCCAUGGUGCCUAGAGUAUUGUAUGAAGAGCUUCGGACUUCUUCAGAAAACGAAGUCAACUCCUUGUCAUCCAAACUGAAGGAUCUGCUGAAAGAAAAGGAUACUUUGUCUGCCGAUCUUGCACAGUUGAGGAAGGAGAUCUCCCAAGUGAAAGGGGAGAAAGAGAAUCUCCGAGCUCUUCUCCAAGCCAAGGAAGAAGAAAUCAAAGGGCUACUUCAUCAGUAUCAUAAGUCUCAAGAAGAACUCCUCAAAAUGAAAAAAGCUUCCGAGAGUGCCUUAAAAAUGGAUGAAGACAAAGAUAAAAAGAUAACAGACAUGUCUAAGGAAGUUACCAAGUUAAAGGAAGCAUUGAACAGUCUUUCCCAGCUGUCUUACUCAACUGGUACACCUAAACGACAAAGUCAGCAGCUGGAGCUGUUGCAGCAGCAAGUGAAGCAGUUACAGAACCAACUGGCUGAAACGAAGAAGCAACAUCAGGAGAUAGUUUCUGUUUACAGAACACACCUGCUUUAUGCUGUGCAGGGCCAGAUGGAUGAAGAUGUCCAGAAAGUGCUGAAACAGAUUUUAACAAUGUGUAAAAACCCAUCACAAAAAAAAGGCCUUCAGAUGUCCAAUAUAACCUAGAAGCUAAUCGUAAGGAAGACAUCUUCACCUUGUUGAGUAAAAGCCAGCUGCAGUGUUUUCUUUUUAUUUAUCAAGUAAUUUAUGGACUGCGAGAGCACCAGAUUUGUCAUAUGUAUUAAAUAGGUAACAUAAAAUAUAGCCAUGUACUAAACAGGGGUGGGAAACCAUAACCCUUUUAUGACUUGUGGACUGCAAUACCCAGAAUUCUGGAAGUUGAAGUCCACAAGUCAUAAAAGGGCCAUGGUUCCCCACCCCUGUACUAAAACAAGUAAAUACUUCUGAAACAGCUAAUUGCUAAAACCUCAGUUUCAUUAUCAGGCAGGAAAUCAAACUAUCUAUGCAAAAUUUUGCAGUUCUAUUGGAAAUAGAACUUAGAAGAGGGGAAAGGGUAUUUCAAAUUGCAAGCAAGGGAUCUGAUUGAAUUCAUGAUGUUUACAGUGAGUUAUCUUAUCUCACAGUUCCAAACCUCACUUUUGUAAAGAAAAUAAAAAUCUUCUCUAUGAUAUAUUUUUACUGACCCUCAAAUUUAGAAAAGCCUUUAUAAUGAAAUGUGUUUGCUAUGUAAUAUUUUUUUGCAAUAGACUUUAAUAAGAAUUUACGUAAUUGCUUCCUUGGUUUUCUCCCUUAACACCCUCCCCCGCCCGUAAUAAAAUUGGUGGAAGUAGUCCACUCUCUCUAAAAAAACUUGUGCUGAAAUAGAACUGUCCAUGUAUUUUAGAUAUGUUGUUGUUUUCUUUUCAAAAAUGCUGUAACAAUUAAAGCAGAGAAAAACCUGUUUCCCAGAAAUGUUUGUUGCAUUAAAUGAAUAUGAUAUAUGGAUGAUUCUACAAAUUGCAGUGGUGCCUAAAAAUUGUUUGGCUGCUAAAUUUUAGUAAAAAUGAGUAAUAGAAAUCCAGGUUGAUAAUAGCAACGUAAAUGAAGAUAACAAGUAGUAUUAAAGCAGUGUUUCUCAGCACUGGCAACUUUUGAAGAUGUGUGGACUUUAAUUCCCAGGAUUUGCAAAGCUGGCCGGGGAAUUCUGGGAGUUGAAGUCCACACAUCUUCAAGUUGCCAUGGUUGAGAAACACUAUCAGAAUAUCAUUUUGGGAUAGCAAGAAGGAAUAUGUGAUACAUUUUUAUCUUCUAUUUUAAGGACAUGUUUAUACUGUUAAUUGGUUUCUGGAAUCAGUUUCAAACUAGUGAGAUCAAAUUUCAAACUAGUGUGAGCUUGCCAAGGAUGUCAUUUUAUGGAAGAAUAUCACAUAAAUAUAGGAGUCCCAGUAUUCAAUUGAUAAAUGGUGUAACUUGCAGAAUUAAAUUGAUUGAACAAAUGUACACAUCUAGUGUAAACAUGUGUUUUCAUGAGCACUCAUAUUUCAGAAACUGAUAGUGGAUACCACAUUUUUUUGAAAACUAUAUCGCACUGAUUAAAGUUUUUGAACGGAAUUUGUAAAAUGAAUAAAUGCAUCACUUCAGCUCUCCAUGGGUUAAACAUAAAUCCCCAAAUCUAAACAAUGUAUAUUUGUCCUAAAUCAAAGAACCUUUUUUUGUCUUUGGUGUAUGGAAUGACUUAAUUAUAAACAACCUCACCCCUACAAAGAUCCUCAGUGGCCUGUAAUAAGUGGCAAGUAAUAGUUCGGUGUCUCAGGGUUACCACAUUCACCAGGCACUUACAGUACAUAGUUCUCUCGUUUACUUUUUAUUUUUCUGGUGGUUGUUGUUGUUGUUUAACAAUGAGCAGAAUUUUGAACUCCUGAAUCUUUUCUUUCUCAUUCUUUCUUUUGUCUCUCAGUAUUUGAAUAAUUAACUUGAGACAAUAUUUCUUCACACAGCACCUGUUUUAGUACUUCAAGGGGGUGGGAAACUUUUGCAGCAUUUACCAGCAAAACAAACAAACAAGAGAACUCUUAACAAACACUGCCAGGUGUAACACUUGAGGAAGCGUUUUGUAGGUUUGCCUAACAUUUUUAUUUUGUUACAUGUAUUUAUUACGAUUAUCCUUGUGGACACAUUGGAAAUUGUAUUCUAUAGCAUAGUAAUAGUCCUUUGUACAUUUACAGAAGUUUCCUUAUUCAGCAAAUAAAAAGGUUUUUUUGUCCAUGUU